AUCUGGAGGGGUCACAGUUUCCCCACCCCUGCUCUGUAACCUUAAAGGAUAUUUGGAAGGCCUAUUCUGUUAUGCUUUUGGUUCUCCUUCCCUUCUCCUCAGGCAGGUCUGUUUCCAUACAUUGCUUUUUCUUCAAGUUGCUGAACAUUGCACACACCCCUCCCCGACUGGUUCUUUGCAGGCAUGUCAAAUUCCCUAUCUUACAAGUAGGUUUCUCAGGUGCUGUCUGUGUAUUUAUAAUCUUUAUUUUUCUACCAUUUGUUUUAGUACUCCCCCAAACUAUAUCAGAGAACUUUUUAAAAUAAAAUUUGAUUGAUUUAAGAGAGAACCAUUCUCUCUUUCAUUAACUUCUUUUUUCUUGUACUAUACAGUAUAACAUGUGAAAUUGGCUCCCCCACUAGCAACCCCGCAAAAAGAAAAAGAAAAAUCAGUUUCUGAACUGACUUUAUUAUUCCUAGUUUGACUUGACAGUUUGUAAUCUUGUCCAUUGAAGUGAUGAAUUGAUCUUUCUGAUGCCACUCUUCUCUUUCUACUGGAAUACUGAUGGAUUCAUGGCAUGUCGAAAGAAUGUUUCAGUAGUAGAAAAGUAUAUCACGAGCCAGCCUAAGGUGACAUCUUAACAUGCAAAAUAACUGCCAGAAGUGGACAACAAAUUUAAGCAUGCUCGCACGCUCAAUCUCUCACACACGCAUGGACACACACACACACACCAGCUUUAGUAGUAAUGAUGCUACAUAAGCCAUAGAGCAGUAACUGAACAGUAUUGCGGCAGUAUUGCGGCAGUUCAGAAUCACCAUCUUUAGGCCCCUUUCCUUAUAUAUUUCAGUUGUAGAGUCAAAUAAUAAUGAUUAAAUGGGCCUCAAGUGGACUCUGAAAAUAGUAUUAUUCCAUUGGACUUUUAUUUUUACCUAGGGCCUCAACUGAUUCACAGUGUAAUCCAGCAGAUGCCUUUCUGAGUUCAGUAGGAUUUACUUCUAGAUGUAAAUGGGUGUAGGAUUGCAGCCCUACUCUUCUAAUUCUAUUGCUGUUUGUUUUUAUUGUACCUCUUUCAAGCUUCCUUGAGUUAACAUGUGCCUAGAAAACCAGGAUACAAAUUUUCUCUUUUUAAAAAACAAAAAAACCUGUUGAUUUGGUAUGAUGGAGCACAAGCUAGUUUCAUUUCAUGUUGUAGUAACUAAUGCAAUCAUUAUGUUACACUUGCCGCAUCUGUCUAUUUUGAUGUUUGCUUUCUUUUCUCUUUUGCUUACACCUCGUUUUCACAACAAAGAAUGGUGUUAUGACACAACAGGGCUUGAAAAUUCUACUUAAGCAUUAAUUGAAAAAAAACCCCAACCCAACGACUUCAUUUAGCAUGAGUCCAAGUAUGGAAGUACUCCGACUUCCUUCAUUCCACCAAAAAUGCCUAGUUACAUUUCUAUCAGCAUUACAUGUACAACUUGUUAGUUUCUCAAAUCUGAUUUUCACAGAGCACUUAUAUGAGCAGUAAUUGCUCACUGGAUUUCCACAGGCAUUUUCACGAGGACAAGCCCUUUCUAAUGACUUUGAUUAGUUGUGAUAAAGAAGAGCAGAUAGCUAUGCUCUAAUAAUUAAGUCUUAAGGCGUCAUUUCCUCAUGAACAGGCCUGUGACUGAUUGGCAGAUUCUGAAAGCCUGUCCUGCUAUAUACCUUGACACAGCAAAUAACCCUCAUCUGGAAGUUCAAAAAUAUGUGAGAGCUUGUCAUUCUUUACAGGUGAAAUAUGUUUAUUACAGCCGUAGUUCUGAAAGUAGGAGGUGUAGUAGCUGUCUUGAGCCCUCCCAUCCUCUUGAUUGAUUGCAUUUUAUCUAAAAUUUAUAGCCUACUCAGGGACUCAAAAUGGUCUACUUACACUUUUACAGUUCACAUUAAGAAACAAAUGAGAUUCUGGAAGGACUUACUUUCUACCUAAGGAUCCAAAAUGAUGGCUGCCCUUGGUAUUCUGAUUUCCACUGAUUCUCCCACAUGUCUUCUGGAUUUGAGUGAGGGCCUGGGUUGGUUUUCCCCCAGGCUUUGUAAACACUUUGAAGCAAUGAUGUGGAGACUUGCUGUUUCUUAGUGUUGCAAAAGCCUGGUGAAAAGUGGAACAAAACUUCUGGCUUUCCCAUCUCUGAUAAAGCAAAAGACACUGCCUCCGCGCCCCCCACAAGUUCUCUGCUACAUGCAAAAACUUUUGGAUAAGUGAAGGGUUCUCUCAUCUUGUACUGGACAUCCAGGGGCAAAGGUUGCCAGAAAUAGGCUGGCCACUUGCAUUUGUGCAAUUCCUAUGUACAUGUAUCUGAGAACGUUACUUGUCUUCAACCCAGUAUAAUAUUUUAUUCAAUUUUGACAAGAAAUGAAAGUCUGUGUGGUCCAAGGGUGCAGAAUGUUGUUGUUAUUCAUUUAUUACCUGCCCUUCUCCCUGAGGUCUCAAGGCAGGUUACAGCACAGCAAUUUAAAAUACAAAACUAAAGGCAAUUUAAAACAACUCACAGUCACAAAAAUAAGGCAGGACCAUAAAAUAUACAUUGCAAGUGUCAAAGGCUAGGGGGGAAAGGUGGUCUUUAAUAGAUACUUAGACACACUAGGCUUUUAAAUACUAUUUGAGUCCCUUUCUAAGUUAUGUCUAUCACCUUUUCAUUCUUGCUACAGGUAAGGUAAGCUAUUCUGCAAAUAUUAGAGUUGUAAGAGGAAAGUACCCUGCCCUGUUCAUGACCAUGUAAUUGUCCCUAGUUUCUCUCCAAAUGAUGUUUUACAUAGUUUGUGCAACAGGCAGCUGUGAAGUCAGGGUGGGAUAUAUACAACUGUGCUCUGCUGUUUGUUGAAGGCUCCCCCUGCUGCCUCAUUUCCUGCAGGAGUAUCCCAUGAGCAGAAUUCCACUCAUGGUUAGUCUGGAUUCAACCCAGUAUUUUAUUUGGGGGCGGAGCUGUAGAACAGUUUAUUUAGUAUGUUAGGCACAUUUUCUUAUUCAUGACCAAAAGCAGACCAAAUCCAAGGGACGUGUAUAACAACCAGUAUUCACCUAAGCAACAAGAUGAACAUCAGCAUUGGGAAAUAUGUUCCUUACUUGCAUAGAAAAUGUUUCCAUAAUAUGUUGUUGUUUAUUAAAUUUGUAUACGCCUUUCAUCCAAAGGUCCCAGGGCAGUUCACAACAGAAAAAUACAAAAUAACAAUACAAAAUACAUAAUAAAACAAAAAGAAACCAAUAACCCGCUUCCCACAAACACAUUUUAAAAAGCCAUAGACUGUUAAUCAGCCAAACACCUUGUUGAAGAGAAACAUUUUCGCCCAGCACCUAAAGGUGUAUAAUGAAGGUGCCAGGAAAGCUUCCCUGGGGAGAGCAUUUCACAAAUGGGGACCCACCACAGAAAAGGCCCAUCCUUGUGUUGCCAUCCCCUGAACUUCUAGUGGGGGAGGGACACGAAGAAGGACCUCAGAUGAUAAUUGCAGAGUCUGAGUUGGUUCAUAUGGGGAGAGAAAUUAAGUGGGCUCUUUCAUUUCCUGCCCCCCAACACUCAGCAUUCUGUGGCGACUUACACUCCGUGCUCAUUGGAUUGUUUUUGCGGCUCCCCCUCCUUCCUCAAUAUUUGUACUUUUACCAAACCUUCAAGUUGUUACAGGCCUGUAAUGAUACCUCCUUGCUUGUUUGUGGAUGGCACUGUUUAGACUACAUAAGUGUCAGUACACUUGCUUAUAAUUGAAAAUUGCACUUUCUCCAUCAUUCUCUAACCACCCCAUCUGCCCUGGUUCUCUUGAUUGCAUUAGCUGAUCUGCUGUACAGUCAAACCUCUGCUCCCGAACAGUUCCGUUUUCAAACGAUCCGGUUCUCAAACACCGAAAACCUGGGGGGGAAAUGCUCCAGUUUUCAAACAUUUUUCGGAAGCUGAAAAGCCUGAUGCGGCUUCCGCUUGAGUGCAGGAAGUUCCUGCAGCCACUCGGAAGCUGCAAUUUGGUUGUCGAGCAUUUCAAAAGCUGAACAGGCUUCCGUAAUGGAUUAUGUUCAGCAAUCGAGGUUUGACUGUACUAUCAAAAUGGUACUAGACAGCCUUUGUCCAGUGGUUGAGUGUUAAUAGGGACCUGAAACGCUUUAGAACCGGGGGGGGGGGGUAACCUGUGACCAUUGAGAGGUUAUGUUGAACUACUGUUCUCAUCAGCUUCAGCAAAAAUAGGCAAUGGUCUGGGUUGAUGAGAGUUGUAGUUCAGCAUAACAUCCAGCGGGCCAAAAGUUAGCCACCACUGCUUUAGAAUUUGCUCGUGGAGCUUGAAAUUCAGUGUUUGUUGAACUUGAGACAUCUCAUCAUCCCAUACACUAGUAACCUACACUGACUGUAUGUGAUUAGUGGGCUAAUUAAGUUAAUUAAUUAAUUAAUUAAUUAAUUAAUUAAUUUAAGUUCUAACUUAAACCCAAACAUUUAAAAGCUUUUGAGCCUAUGAUAUUAAUGAAAAUACUGUAUACCGUAGAAUGGUGUAUGGUUCUUCUUCAACAGCAGGUUGUUGUUGUUUUUUACAGGAGGUGAUCAAAGACUCUGUAGGUGCCUCAUCUGUAUAUACUCAUAUUCUAUAUACUUUGUAGUCAUCACUGCUUGAAAUAGCCUCCACAGUGAUUAUUCCACGCGGUGACUACUCCACACAGCAACCUCAAUGUGUGGAGCAGUUUUGCUAUGUGGAUUGCUCCAUUCAGUUGAAGCUCCUGUAACAUGUGGCUGUGGCAUGGACAUUCUCCAUGCUAUUGAGCCAUCUAUGUGGCAAACUGUCAUAGUGUUCAUACUUUAUAAAACUUUUGUGUAGGUUUAGGUACAUUUAUCCUCAUGAUAACUAAUAACUAUAUAGUCAGUUAGCUGUAUUGCUAUAUUCUUGAAAAUAGAAAAAAUACAUGACGGUUACUCUUUGAGAUAAUCUAGCAUUAUUUACCAGAUAAACUUUGUUUCAUAUAAUUAAUAGUCAAUAAUUCUUCAGUAAGCACAGUAUUCUGCCAACUGCCUCUUAAGACCAUUUGGGGUGUGUAAUAAGAAAAGCCUAUCAGGUGCCAGUAGAAAAAUUGGCAAUGAAUAUCUUUCCUGUCUUGCCAAGGAGACAUUCUCAUGCUCCCAAGUGUAGAUAAAACACUACUGGUAGAAAGAGCUGACAUACAGCCUUUCAUAUCUUUUUUGCCAAAGAUAUAUAGAAAAAAUAAUUUGUAUUUUAGUGCCAGAGGUGCAUUCCUCUGUAUUUUUUUGUUUGACAGUAAGCCCCAUUGAACACAGAGAUAGUUUUCCAGUAAAUACAGUAUUUGGCUGUAUGAGUUGUAUCCAGCUACUCAGAGUAGACUCAUUGAAAUUAAUGCAUCUUAAUGAGUUGUCGUCAUCAAUUUCAACAUAUCUACUCUUGAGUAGGAUCUAGUCUGCCCCACUGAAUUACUUCUGAGGACACCUGUGUAAGAUUAAUCUCCGUGGCUAUGUGUUUAAAGGUAAAGGGUCCCCUGACCAUUAGGUCUAGUCAUGAUUUACUCUGGGGUUGCGACGCUCAUCUCACAUUAUUGGCCGAGGGAGCCGGCGUACAACUUCUGGGUCAUGUGGCCAGCAUGACAAAGCCGCUUCUGGCAAACCAGAGCAGCACACGGAAACGCUGUUUACCUUCCCGCUGUAGUGGUACCUAUUUAUCUACUUGCACUUUGAUGUGCUUUUGAACUUCUAGGUUGGCAGGAGCUGGGACUGAGCCAUGGGAGCUCACCCCGUCGCAGGGAUUUGAACCGCCGACCUUCUGAUCAGCAAGCCCUAGGCUCUGUGGUUUAACCCACAGCGCCACCUGCAUCCCUUCGGCUAUGUAUUUACAUAGACGUAAAUUCUAUAGAAAUCAGAAAUCACUUUCACAAAUACACAGUUGAAGUGCAUAUUGAUAAUUACAAAGGGUAUAUAAUGCUUAUGACAAUAUAUUACCACAGGGUGUGUUUGUGAUUUGGGUGUAUAUAAGGCAUGAAUAUGGUUUUGAAAUACAGAGCAUGUUGAAUAAGCAGCACAUAUUGCUUGGUGUGCUAAAUUUAAGCAAUCUUGUUACAAAAAAGAGCAUUUCAGCACAUGCAUUUUACAUAUGAGUAUCUUAUUGGUUCAUGAUGUGUGUUUUUUAGCACUCUCAGGAUAGACCUAAUUUUUUUUAUAAAAAAUGCCUACUAUUUUCGAAAAUGUAAGUGGGACCUGUAGUUUAGUUGUUGUUUAGUCAUUUAGUCGUGUUCGACUCUUUGUGACCCUGUGGACCAGAGCAUGCCAGGCACUCCUGUCUUCCACUCCCUCCUGCAGUUUGGUCAAACUCAUGUUGGUAGCUUUGAGAACACUGUCCAACCAUCUCGUUCUCUGUUGUCCCCUUCUCCUUGUGCCCUCAAUCUUUCCCAGCAUCAGGGUCUUUUCCAGGGAGUCUUCUCUUCUCAUGAUGUGGCCAAAGUAUUGGAGUCUCAGCUUCAGGAUCUGUCCUUCCAGUGAACACUCAGGGCUGAUUUCCUUAAGAAUGGAUUGGUUUGAUCUUGCAGUCUAUGAGACUCUCAAGAGUCUCCUCCAUCACCAUAAUUCAAAAGCAUCAAUUCUGAAGCCUGAUCCACAUCAAAUGCUUCUGUUCAGUACUUCAGAUAGCAAACCUCUAGGAGGUAAUAAGCUUUUAAGCCAAUUCCCUCCCACCCCCCAAGUAACACUCUUCUUGAACUGAACUCACCAUGCUAGUAUAGCUCUUGGAGACCACUAGAUCUACAUUAGAAGUUGGGGUUUUUUUUAGUACAGUAUUUACUUUUUCACUUCUGCAUGGCUAGGAAGUCCCCAAAUAAUUUAGAAACCACUACCGUAUUUGUGGGUGGCCGUUUUAUUUUUAAAUAGUUAUGUGCUCAGUCUGAGUAUACUGCACUCUCAGUAUGUAUUGAUGACAUUUUUGAAUGACUGAGUAUUUAUGUGCCUUGAGGUCUUUUAUACCAAAGUAUUUUGUGAUCCACUGAAGUAUUCUAAAAUAAAAUAUUCUAAAGAAAUUUGUGCAGAUGCUGCAAAAAUUAAUAUACAUUCCAAAAGCUCCUAUGAAGAAGACGGUUGCUGUAAAACCAUUCUUGUCCUCACUGGAAGAAGUAAAACCUCUUGAAUACUUGACGUAAGGAAUAAUAUCACUAGAUUUCACUUUGAGAUUGAGAACAGUACACAAUUGCGAAGUUGCAAGCACAGUUCCUCUGAGGACAAUGAAAGGGUUAAGCAGGGGUCUGAAUAAUAUUUCUUCCUGAUCAUCUUUUAAAGCGGUUAACCUUUUAUUUUGAGAGAGAGAUUCCCCCCACACACACCCUUUUGCUGGCGCUUCUUUUCUUUAACUUCCAAGCGUUGGAGGGGGUGGGUGGAGUAAGGGCGAGGAGGGGGGGAAUUGGCAAUCUCGGUCUUCAUUCAUGCUUUUGACAGAUAAUAAAGCCCCGCUCUGGGAGUACACGGCGACUCUUUCGACGAGGAAGUCGCCGUGCGCUGAAUCCCAUUGGUGCGCCGGAGCGAAGCGAUUUAAAUAUUAAAUGAGACCUUUUAAGGCAAGAUCGGCGGAUGACAUUUGCGAGAGGAAGGUGUCCGCGACUGCGCUGGGGGCGGGAGAUGAGUUACAUAGAUGGGGUUAGUUUCCUGCUUGUUUCCUACUCAGCCUCCGUUCCUGUGCUUGACGUUGAAAACUUUUAAGGUGGGAGGGAGCGAGGGAGGCGUCUGGCGUUAAGGUAGCCUCGAGAGGGACGGAUUCCCGGCUCCUAAAAAGAAGAGUGCGGGGUUUGGCAGGGACAGGACGUGUGUGCCAUGAGAGGAGAUUUGCAGCGGAAAGAAUGUCGGCGCGGGCCGUGGCUGACGUCAGAGGGGAGCAACGCAGAGCGGCGGCGGCGGCGGCCAGCAGGCAGCAGCGGCGGCCCCGGCACGGAGGCGGUGGCGGAGGAGGAGGAGGCGGAGGCGAGAUCGGCCCCGGCCCCGUCAACACUACUGCCGCGAGCACGACCCCGGCCACCAGCGCGGCAAUGGCGACGGUCGGGGAGCGCAAGUCCUUGCCCAGCCCGGAGGCGAUGCUGGGGCAGCCCUGGAGCCAUUGGGUCGAUGCUGCUAAACUUCACGGGAACGACGGAGCAACCUUGGAAGAAAAUUUCAAGGAAUAUGGGAAAAACCGAGAAGCGAUGCGACUCUGUAGAGAAGAUAUGCCAAUAUUUGGCCUAUGCCCAGCUCAUGAUGAUUUCUAUUUGGUGAUGUGUAACCACUGUAAUCAGGUCGUAAAACCACAGGCAUUUCAAUCACAUUAUGAAAGAAGACACAGCUCCUCCAGCAAGCCACCUUUAACCCCUCCUUCCUCUUCAGUAUUCUCCCUCUUUUCGCCUCUGACUUCAAAAAGCAAAGGUAGCAGCGGAGGUGGGAGCAGUCGUUCAUCCAGUGGCGGAGGUACUAGUGCAUCGUCAUCAUCCAGUUCCAAGUUGUUGAAGUCACCCAAAGACAAGCCGCCAAUCAGUGGAAACAAUAGGCCAAUGCACCUGGUACAUAGCAAAGGUCCCCAUGACAAAAUCAUGACUCCAUCUGUCAAAGUGGAAAAAAUACACCCAAAGAUAGAUGGUGCACUAUUGAAACCUGCUGUUGGUCCAACCUGUUCUACUACUGUGAGCUCCUCAAUAAAGACUGGCCUUAAUCCCUCAAUACCAAAGCCACCCUUGCCUUCCCCUGGACAGAUACUGAAUGGUAAAGGUCUUCUCUCUGUGCCUCCAUACUCGGAAAAGAAGCAAGACGAGAGUACAAAUAAUAGGAAAUUUUUACACAAAAGAUUGUCAGAGAGAGAAUUUGAUCCUGAUAUCUACUGUGGCGUCAUUGACAUAGAAACGAAGAAACCCUGUACUAGGUCUUUGACAUGCAAGACACAUUCCCUAACUCAACGGAGAGCUGUACAGGGUCGAAGGAAACGAUUUGAUUUAUUACUAGCUGAGCACAAAAGCAAAACCAGGGAAAAAGAAUUACUCCGCCAUUUGGAUCAUCAUCAGCAGAUGCCCCCUCUCAGGGAACCACAUCCCUCACCUUCAAGAACUUCCCAGGAGCUGCACCAAAAUUCUCAUGGAGUUAUUCCUACAGAAUCAAAGCCUUUAGUACCUACUAAACCCAAACCUCACACCCCCAGUCUUCCAAGGCCUCCCAGCUGCCCAGCCCAACAAAGUGGGAAUGCCCCAAAUGAAUCUCCAUCAGUCCAUGAAUCUCCACAUGCUCCCUUACCUGCAGCUGAGCCAGCAUCUCGGUUAUCCAGCGAUGAGGGAGAAUGUGAUGAAAAAGAAGAGCCUGUUGAAAAACUGGAUUGUCUUUAUUCAGAUCAUCAUCCUCAACCAGCUGCUUUUUGCACAUUUGGUAGUCGACAAAUUGGAAGAGGUUACUACGUGUUUGAUAAGCGGUGGAACCAUAUUCGAUGUGCACUUAAUGUCAUGGUGGACAAGCAUCUUAACUCACAGAUGUGGAAGAAAAUUCCUCCAGCGACAAGCAACACUACAUCCUUGCGCGCUCCACACCGGACAAGCUCGACACCUGUGUCGCAGUACGGCUCCAGCACAACAGGUUUCCUCUUGCCCGCCACAGCUAUGCCCUCGCCAGCACACGUGUCUCCUUCCUGUUUAUCCCUCAGUGGGAAAUCGGUACCAUCCCACGGGACUACGCUCAAUGCCAACCCUGCUAGUUUUGGUGCAGCAGAACCUGCCUGCAGUAUGCAAUCAAGACAAGUGUCUACAUCCCCUUCCACGCCUCCAGUGCUUUCCUCGGUACCGUCGCCUCUGUCCAGCAAACCUCAGAAAUUGAAAUCCAGCAAGUCUUUCAAGCCUAAGGAAUCUUCUGCUAGCAGCGCCAACUGCAACAGUACCAGUAGCAACAGCAGCGGUGGCAGCUCAGGAAAGAAGCGUAAGAACAGUUCUGCGCUGCCAGCACCUUCUUCUCAUUCCACAGAGUCCUUUAGGAAGAACUGUGUGGUAAACUCUGGAAACUCUGGGGCUUCUUAUCACUCGCCUGGGAUGUCUUCGUCCCACAGCCUCAACUGUAUGACUGGUAAAGCUAACUCGGUUAGCCUCAAACAUGACCAAUCAGGGAGGGGCCCUCCGACUGGGAGCCCUGCAGAAUCUAUAAAAAGAAUGAGUGUGAUGGUGAACAGUGGCGAUUCCACCCUGUCGUUGGGGCCAUUCAUUCACCAGUCCAGCGAGCUGACUGUCAACUCGCAUGGCGGGUUUUCACAUUCACAUCCUUCCCUAGACAAAUUCAUAGGAAAGAAAAGAAAGUGCUCGCCUGGUUCAAGCAGCAUAAACAGCAGCAGCAAAGCAAACAAGGUUGCCAAAUUGCCGCCAGUGAACAACAUUCAUACGAAACACGCUGGUGCAAUCCCAGGGACACAAGGACUGAUGAACAAUUCUAUCCUUCAUCAGCCAAAGGCUCGUCCCUAACAGUUGACACAGACAAUGCCAUGGUAAGAAAAGAACUGGAUUAUUUUCACUACAAGCGGGGGGAAAUGAAUAAAUCUCCAUCUGGAAAUCCUGGACUCCAAGAUGCCUUUUGAGUUCUCCCAGCUUCCCACAGUCCUCAGGUGUGGAAAUCUACUGGACUGUCACACAAUCAAGGAGUUUCCCUGAAGCCAUGUCUGUAGCAGCGAAGCUUGGAAAUGGACUCUGGAUUGCUGUUCAGCCACAGGAUAUUUCCUCUCAGUGUUACCAGUGGUCUGGACAGCUUGCUACAAAAGCCCUGUGAGAUGUCACUUACAGGAGUACAUCACCUUGCCACUAUUUGAUCUAGGUUGGUUGGGCAAAGCAAUGUUUGAGAAAGAACAUUACUGUGGACUUGUUUUUUUCUUUUCCCCUUUUCUUCUGAUAGUGUCAUAGGCGUAAUUAACUGCCCCUUUGGCACUGUCCAGUGAAAACCCCUCACGAAGGAGGGGGCACAAUGUGUUAGGCACAAUAAACAGAAGAAGAAGAAGAAGCCCUCAACAAGGGAAUACGGCUUUAGUGUUUUAUAGCAAUGUUCCUUGAUUGGAAUGCAAAAAUAGCACAACUUAGAAAACAAAAACGGUCUACGUUUUGCCCAGCCUUUUGCAAGUAAUUUGGGAUAAGAAGCUGUCAGGAGUUCUAAAAAACAAACACAAAAAUGUUCUUGGCCAUCACUGAAAAAUUUAAAAAAGCAUAUUUAAAUAGUGAAAUCACAUGGUACAGAACAAUUUUAUGAGCAUCAUCUGCCAAGCACAGCUGCUCAGUGUUUUUCCUUCAUUCCAGUGGAGCGUUCGUAGGGUCCUAUACAACUGCCACUGAAAUGAAAUAAGGUUGCACAGUGACAUUGUAUGGAGGAGGGCUGUGCCUGCUUGAUUUUGAAUAAAAUUGCUUUGAUUUUUUUUUUAAAAAAAACCAAACCCAGAUGCAAAACUCUCAAAUCCAAAAUGGUGAAUGACCUCUCAAACUAUUCCCAAAGAAUAUAUUUCUUGACCUAUACUGUAUGCCAUAAGCCUUUGUUGUUUUGGGUAGGUGGGUGGGGGAAACUGAAAAUGCCAAUCUAAGUUGGUUGUACCAUCCAACCUUUUAAAAAACAGAACACAAAAUAGUCCUUAUAAAACUGAAAUGCAAACCUUUAAAACGAUGAAAUCUCAAUGCUAUUUUUCUUGAAAGAUUUUUCCAGUAAGUUGAUGCCUUGUUCACAUAACCAAAUUAGCAUUCCGUUCAAUAAAGUCCACAUUCAGAUUUUUUGGAUGACUGCAUUAAGUGCCAGUUCAAAUUCUGAGUUCAGUGUUAAAUGCACCCCUUGUACAGCCAUCUUGUGAGCAAAGGGGGAGUGUUUUAAACGCCAUCCAGUCCCAAGUGGUCAUUCCCCUUGUUCCCAUGAGUAAAAAGUGUUUUGUUUUAAAGUAAUAUCCUCAGAAGGGCUUUAAUAUUAUCAUUUGAUCUGGAUGUUUGUGACACUAGUGAAUCUCGAACUGCAACCUGGAAUUUCUACACAUUUUAUCACGUGAAAGGAAAAAAAUAAAAAUAAACCCCAAACCAUAGGUCAUGACACAGGCAGAGCUUUCCUUCAGCAAGCCCGUAGAAAGUAAAUUUCUAUCCAUUUAAAUGGGGUGUGUUUUGGAUUGUGGAUUCAGACAGCCUCCCCAAUGAGAAUUUGUUCUUGCAAUAAUCAAGUGAGGCUAGAUUGUCUGAGGGUGCCAACUGACUGCAGACUCUGCUGAAGCUACAGUUCUCAGCAUGCUAUAUUUUCACCACUUCUCAAAGUGAUAGGUGCAGAAUCCAUUGCACCUUGGGUACCCCAUCAGAUCACCUAGCUCUGUUCCACUCCUAUCCUUGAUAAAAAUGCGUGGCCAAAUGGUUAGCAGCACUCAUUGAGGAAGAAAGCUGAUUGUCUGAAUCCAUCCUCAACAGGGCUUGUGCAGGAGAAGCUCUCAGUGGAAUGUGUGCCUGUAGACUUCUGCCUUAAAGGGGCACCAGAUCUUGCUAAGAUUAGACAAUCUGAGCCUAUCUAAUUCACACAGUCCAGCCUCUCUCCCUACCAUGGUGGUGCACAUCAGGGAUUCUAAAACCACCGCAAGCAGCAGCUGCUUGGGUUUUGUUUUUUAAACCUGUUGAGGUUUUCAAAUUUGCUAUGAUUAUUAAAACACAGUGAAGCAACAAGACUCUAUGCAGACAACUCUAAAGCCUUGAAUUCACAAAAGAUCAUGUGUUUGUUUUUUAAGUAAAGGAAUAAUAUUUUGGAUGGUGAUGAUUAUGCAAAUAUUUAAAAAGAGGGAGGGCCUGAACAACCCUUCAGUUUCUAGAGGAUGCUAUAAAAUGUUAAAACCUCUUAAUUGGCUAACUUGGGGCAUGGGAGGAGACGACCAAAGUAAUGUAUCUGCUCCGCAGAGAGAAAAUCGAUACUGACUCCUUCCCAUGUGUUGGAUAUUUUCGAUCACAAGUGCAAUUUGGUUUUGAUAGAUUUACCUUCGAAGGCUGACAAAUUUUUCAUAAGUUAAACCUUUAGUGGCUUUAAGUACUCAAAAAUGUCUGUUUUAUAAAUAUUAUGUUGCUCUGAAAGCAUCAAAGCAAGUCUUAGGCUCCUUAAAAGACAUGCAGAUCUUUGUAAAAAGUUCAGCAGUUAACCACUGUGUUUAAUUUAUAUGAGUUGCAGCUCUGGGCCCAAUUCCCACUGUGAAUGUCUCCAUUGCAAGCCAUGUUGAAACGGGAGCUUCACACAAACACAGCCAUGCUCUUGCGCAAAGCCCCGCCUGAUGCAUUCAGUGGGGCUUAUGUAAGUGACAUUCCAGGAUGGAAUUGUGGCCUGUAUCUGUUAUGGCUUAUAAUUUUAAAACUUGCCAUGAAUAGAACCAGAGGACGUCUUAAUUUAUGCCUGCCCUCAAAGUGUAGACUUGCUUAAAUAUUAUACGAACAAUAUUCCAUUUUGGGGGCUUAGUAAUAAAUGGAAUGAUUGUUUUUGAAGCUUUUAUUGUCUGACAACAUUCUUAUUGUAAAUAAUUAAGGAAAUUUCAGAUUUAAUUUAUCUUGCAAGAUUUGCAGUGGCUGGGUUGUUUCUUAGAAAGAUUUUGGUAUUAAUUUAAGAGAUACAAUUUUUAUAGUCUUUCCAGCUUCUCAUUAUGACUCCUGCAGUUUUCUUAACCUAAAAUAAAUAAAAAAAAUUAAAAAAUGUUGCAAUGAUGAACAAAGAAUUAUACGAAAAUAAUGAAACCCAUAAUUUUGUAUCUUUAUUUUGGAAUUUCUUGUUCUAUUAUAAAUAUUGAAGUAUCCCUAUUUCAGAAGACAUAUUUUGUUAAUUGAUUGUACAUAUUUAAAUAUGUAUUUUUGCACAGGUCUUUUUUUCUUAUAUCCAGUUUUGGUACAAUUGAAAAUCAUCUAGUAUUUAUUAAUUAAAAGAGAAAAGCAAAUACUUUUUUAUAAUUUGAAGUGGUUCACUGCCAAUCCAAUAGAUAACAUGCCUACUUUGCAGUUUUUAAGGGAUGUCUCUGUUUAGGGAGGGGGGAGGGGGAAGAGUUGUGUCUCUUUCUUUUAAUGUCUUGGGAAUUGCUGGAUACAAACGAAGGCUCUGGCAUUGCACUCUGAUGCCCACAGGCGCCACUUCUCUAAGCAGGGAGGCUGUGUGGCAUUUAGAUGUAUAUGGUUGGCCUGCUCUGGUAUACACAACAUUUCUUACAGUUACCCGAGUCCCAGAAGACUACCUUUUAGUUAUGACACACGGCUUCUAAUUCUUCUAUUUCUUUUUCUUUUAGCAUUUGUGUAUGUGUGCACAUGUAUGUGAGUCUUUACGUGGUUUAAAAAACUAAUGGAAAAACUGAAAGUGCCUGAUUUAUAUAUCUAGAUUUUAAGCUUGGACUGUUUUUUAGACAGCUUCUCCUUUAAAGACUUGAAUGUUCUGUUGGGAAAAAGAAUUGGAGCUUGCUUUCCCCACCUACACAUGACUACAUAUUAAUGCAGGAGAGAGGAUGGCGGAAGGGGCAGGAUAAAACAAAAUCAAAAGUUCCUAGCAAGUCCCUAGUUCAUAAAUAAUCCCGAGGGUUCUGGAGAUACUUUUCAACAAGUAAAUUUGACUAUUUUCUUCUGUUGCUAUCGGCUAGAACUUAAAAACGAAACGAAACAAAAAACAACAACAGAAUGUUGACAUUAUUUUGUAUUGUUGAAAAAAUAAGUUACCUCUCGAAGCAAUUUUACAAACUACCAACACAAGCCGCCGCCAGGCUAUCCUCUGCACAAGCCUCACUGAAAUGAAUGGGAUUUAGCAAGUGCGCAACUCCCUCUUCGUUCCAGUGAGGUUUGAAUGGGAGCGGUUCACAUAGUGUGGUUUCAACCCAUCAUCUUCCGGUAAGUCGUCUUCCGGCAAGAGUUGUUAUUGCCAAGGAUGUUUGUUUCUGCUUUGUCUUUUUUGGGAAGGGGGGAAUUGUACGGUGAAGGGGAUUGGGCUUGAAAAGAUUGUUCUGCUUUCCUUAAGCAGAAGGUCAUUUAUUUUAAAAGCUUUUGUGCAAAAUAUCCUAAUUUUUAUGAAAGGUGAUUAUUGUUAUUUUUUAAUGAGCACUACAUAAUGUCAAUAAGAAUGUAGGCUGUGGAAGCUUCUUGCUUUUGGAGUUGAGCCCGGCUCCAUAGAAAGGGGAAAAAAGCAAUCUCCUGUGUAAAAUGUGUGAAUAGUUUGAUAAUUUGUAUACAUAUUCAAGAGCAUCUGCUCAGAGCUGAAAUUUUUGUGUUGGCUGCUGUAUAGUACAUGAACAAAUGUCAUGGGGUAGAAAAAAAAUUACUUUGGAUAUUUAAAAGAAGAAAAUAAAUAUAUAGUCUAUUUGUUUUGUAACAAGUUUCUGUAAAUAAAAUAAUUUAUACUAUUUAUAAGAAAAAAGUUGUGCUUUUGCUUCAUGACCAGGAAAUUAGCUUGUUGUAUAAACAAGAUGUUACUGAAACAAGGCAAUAAAAUGAUUAGGUUGUCUUUAUGAGAUGCACAAUUAUGUUUCUGCUUCAUUAUGAAGACCAACAAAAAUUAGUCGUAGCGGAAUGAAAAUACGAGCCAUGUUAGCUUCUGCCUGCCAAGAACCCCAACCCAUGUAUGUCAGGUAGAUAGGCAGCAAAGCUGCUUUAGUGUUCCUUUGCUACUGUUUUUGAGGCAAACUUUUUAAAGAACAGGAAGGGACACAGCUAUGGUAUGGACAGUGAUUCGCCUACACUGGAAGUUAAGAUGAUGUGUGUCUCCAGUCUCCCUUACUUUGAGUGUGUCCAGUUUCUGUUCCUACAUUAAUCAGUGCUGAAACAGGGGUGUAAAUAAGUAUUUGGAAUAUCCAGGGCUGUGGCACAAGGUGAGUGAAUGCUACUGCCCCUCUCGUUGGGUUCACUAAACCAGAUUAUGAGUAGAUGCAGAUGGAGAGAGUAUCUCACUGACACUGCCUGCCCUCAAAGUCCAUCAAGGGAAGUGGUUCCCCAAUUCAUUUCUGCCGUCCCACGUUUUAGAGGCAGUCGAGAGCAAUUGGAGCAUCAACACAUUUUCUAGUUUUCCAUCAAGUAAGAGAGAUCCCUUCUCCCACUGGCAAUUGUUCUAUACCAGGCAUGUCCAACUUGCAAGUCUGUGAUCUACUCACAGUAUUAAAAAACAACUGACAGUUAUCUACCCAUUGUCAUUGGAGGGAGGAGCAUGGGUGUGUGGAAGGGGAGGAUUGACCAGUUGUUGAGCGCUCCCCCCCCCCCCCGGCUCUGGCCGGCUGGCUAUCAAUCAGGAUCCCAAGAUCAACCAGGAACCACCAAUAACACCCCACUAUCGACCUGUGGAUUUGAUAAAAGCUACGAGUUGGCAAGUGAAAUGGAACAAACUAAGCUGAAUCCUAAUCUAUAGCUCCCAUUUCUUAUGCUGGGGCAGUAUCUUGAGAAAGUCUUGCAGAGAUUUGAUGUUUGUUCUUCAUUAAUAAACAUCUAAGGAAAAUGUGCUCUACCGGGACAAAUAUCACAGGAGUGUGCUGGCUAUUCUUUGAGGUGUUACAAUUGUCUACAGCUGCUUGCUUUGUACUUUGGGAGCUGCGCAAAGUGGCUUUUGUCAAACCCAGUCUUUCCCUAUAUGUCAGGUGUAGGGUGGGUAGACAUGGCUUCCCAAAACAGCCUCAUGGGUUGAAUGAGUAAAAGUGGCAGGCUCAGAUUUGGCCAUAGGUUGGGCUCCACACACCUGCUGUAUGUAGACAGUACACGACAUCUUGUGUAGAGCUUGUAGCGACAGGAUGCCCGAUUAUUAGAAACAUUCAUCCUUGUCAUUUAAAUGACAGUAGUGUAGAGGUUUUUUCAGUUAUUACACGGUAGAUUUUGUUUAAGGCUUAAUCAUAAAUACUAAGCUCAUUUUGGGUUCUAGACGACCUGCUCGGGUUUCUUUACCUCCAAGGUAAAGCAGGUUGGGAAGUGUGUGGAUUGUGUCAGCCAACAUUCCUUGGAUGCCUCAUGCUAGAUGUACAGUUUAACUGAGUAGUUUCUCCACACCUCAUCAAAGCAGUUGUUAAUGUAUCUUCUAGAAGCCUGCUUUUCAGUACUGUCUCUUAUCUUCAGUGGCCUAAUGGUGCUCUGCUUUCUGUUCCCCUGCUUGAGUAAUCCAAUAUUUAUCAUCCCAUUUCAUCUCUCAAUAGGUUGCUGCUGCAGCCCCCAACCCAACUCUCCCUAUCCAAGCAGACACUAAAAUAUCACGCUGAAGCUUAGCAUGACAUAAUUUUGCAUGGCAGCAAUUUAUCUAAGCCGCACAUUUACCUUGGGGGGGAAGCUGGCCAGCUGUGUUGGAAAGAUUUCUUGGUUUUGAACAUUAAGUCAAAAGAGGCGGGGGGAGAAAAUAUAUGCUCUCCCACAGGGAACAGGCCACCAGUAACUCAGUCUUUUGGGACAAACUCCAGCACUAAGCUUUGACUUGCAAGUGGGCAACCCUCACCUGGUUCUUGGUCAGUCUUAGCCAUACCCUAGGAAGAAGUAUACAGUACUGUCUGCUACAAGAAUGGCGAGUGGGGAGCUUUAAACCUCCCACCAGGCUCCUGGUUCAGCUCAACUGGUUGUUGAUCACCUUGGCAACGCAAGUGGCCCCACUCGGCAUCUCAAGCAGCAUCCAUCCCCUGCU